GAGACGUAGAAAAUGCAUCAUAUUUUCUAAAGGUAUUAUGUUUUGUGAGUACUAUAGCUACAAAAUAUCCCCUCUCAAACGUAGUGGCGAAGAAAUAUAAAGUACAGAAUAAGAAACUACCUCAAAAUGAUACUGAAGUAUAGUAAUUGAGUAAGUAUACUUAGUUAUGGAUGGGAAAUGUAAUGAGAUAUGUAAUACAUAUAAUGUCAGAGUCACUUUAGACUGACAGCUAGUUUCAGAAAAGGUUAAACAUCUGAGUAAACUGUCAGUAUGGUUCAAUUAUAAUAAAUCUUUUUCUCCCAAACCAUCUUUCGCUGUAAUGUAAGUGCAGUUUUUUUUACCAUCCAGCAUCUCUAAGCCACACAGUUACGUCUCUGUAAAGGGCACACGUCAUGCUAGAUUACUUUCCCAGUGCUCCUCAUCUCAACCCCGUCGGUUUUGGCAAAAUACAUGUUGGGCCUCCUUUUCCUCAAGAGUGGUGAGCUCAUACUGGAUCGUCUAUUUUUAGGCCAACUGGCUGUGUUUGAUGCUGUGGACUCUUCUCAAUGGUGCUGCAUGAUGCUCGCAGGGAAACACACGAGGGUGCUGUUUCACACUGAAGAUGAGACUGCCAGUGUGAAAUGGCAAAGAGAGUGUUACACCGCCAACGGAGAGGACUACAGGGGCUUCCAGAACCAGACCAGCCUGCAUGGUGGUAAACCCUGCCUCUUCUGGAAUGAGACCUUCCAGCACCCUUACAACACCCUCAAAUACCCCAAUGGAGAGGGUGGUUUGGGCAGCCACAACUACUGCAGGAAUCCUGAUGGGGACGUUCAGCCGUGGUGCUACAUUGCAGAUCAUGAAGACGGGAUCUACUGGAGAUACUGCAACAUCCCUACAUGCCAGAUGCCUGGGAACCUGGGCUGCUUCAAAGACAGCGGUGACCCACCGACCCUGUCCGGCACCAGCGAGACCUCCAACAAACUCACCAUCCAGAACUGUAUCAGCUUCUGUAGGAAGCAGAGAUACAAGCUCGCCGGCAUGGAGUCAGGAUAUGCCUGUUUCUGUGGCAACGAAGUGGACCAGCGUGACCACGGCGAGUCGCCCAGCAUGGAGUGUAACCAUGUUUGCUUCGGCGACCACACCCAGCCCUGCGGUGGAGACGGCUGGGUCAUCAUCUUUGACACUCGAGUUGGGGCCUGCGGUGGAAACUACUCCUCUCCGUCCGGGGUGAUCUACUCCCCGGACUUCCCCGACAAGUACGGGGCUGGCCGUGUUUGCUACUGGACUGUGCACGUCCCCGGAUCCUACGCCAUCCUCUUCAACUUCACCUUCUUUGAGAUCUCCGACCAGACGGACAUGGUGGAGCUCCUGGACGGCUACACCAACCACGUGGUGGCUCGCUUCGACUGGCGUAGCCCUCCGAGGGAGCUGGUGAACGUCACAGGCGACUACGUCAUACUGUACUUCUACUCAGACCGCACCAACCAGGCCCAGGGAUUUGCUCUGCUUUACCAAGCACUGGGAAGCCAAGACACCAGAACAAUGGAGGCCGAGGGAGAUGGGGAGGAUGAGGGGGACGACGUCUCCAGCACGACGGGGCCCCAGCUGGCCGGCGGCGUCACCGAGAGAUCCAACAGCACCUCCAACGGACGCUCCUCCCAAAUCCUCUACGUGAUCACGUCCAGCCCCGGGAAACCGGAGCACAACAUGCCAGGUCAGUGGGCUGGACGCGGCGAGACCACCGGCCACAGCGCUAUGUGGACCAUUUACGCCCUUGCCGCUCUCCUCGUUCUGACGGUCAUAGCCAUGGUGGCGAAGCUGCUGCUGCACAUCACGGUCAAGUCUCCGAACAUCCCAACGGUCAGCGGUUCAGACAGCUGCAGCCAGAGCACGGCGUCCUCUGAGCCGUGGAUCAUCCUGUACCGACCCUCCACCAUCUCCCUCUUCAAGAAGAAGCUAAAGAACCACCACGGCGACCUCAGCCCCCUGGUGGGCAACUAGCGCCACUGCUGCGCUCCACCGUUGACCAAACGCUACCGCCAACCCACAACUACUCCGUACAAGGGCCGUCAGACGCCAGGCCCUCGGACAAUGAAACUAUAUGAGGCGCUACGCCAACAAGCCAACAACUGAGUGGCUAAUGAGAACUGACUGAGUGACUGCUGCUUAAUGGCCUGUGUGCCAACGUGGCCGGGCCCUCCCCUCCUGGUCAGCACCAAAGAGGAGGGGGGACAGGCAGGGCUGUCAGUGACCUCAGUGUGGGAGAGGAGAGCGAAGGAGUAGAUGGAGGACGAUCUGCAGCUCUGACAAAGAAACAAAGACGCUUUUAACAUGCGGGAAGCUUCUCUGGUUCAGCGAGGCUCCAUUUCCGUCACCCUCGGAUGUCCCUAACAAUCAGCAUACCUCCAAAAACCCAUCCAGACUGCAGAAUCACCAGUGAAAACACAGCAAAGCCGGGUGCAAGAUACCUACUAACGGAACUGUUCAGUUUAGGAAACAGGGAGGUUUACCUCCUUCCUGAUGCUUCAGAGUCACAAUGGCAACAGCAUCUUCAUGAGAAGAGGAUGAAGAAAUGGAGUCUUUGAUACACACACACACAUGGUGUUACACAGCUUUGUAUAAACUCUUUUAACUGCCUCAUAUGGACGACGAACACUUGCAGCCAUAAACCAGAAUCCUCCCCAUCCAAAGAGUUAUAUAUUUAUUUGUCUUUUUGAUUCCAUAUGCAAAAGUUCCAAUGUUUCUUUUUGAUUUGUUUUACUUGACAACUAGCUGUCUGAGGAGAGGGAAACAGGACACGGAAACGUCACACAGAAGGUAGAUAUCAGAGCACUUUGGGGAUGAAUCACUUGCUGAAAAUUGAAAAGAUCACAGAGGGAGAGAGAGAGCGUGCUCGCCCACUCGUUCACUCAGCGCUCAUGCGGAUUCGGGCGGAGAGAUAAGCAGCGUCGUUCACUGAGGGGGUAGGGUGGUGCAGUUUGCAGCAAAACUGCCAUUUAGGGAGGCUUGGGAAGAUCUGAGGGCUUUUUCUGCUCGGCUGUGGGUGGGAGUCUUUCCGGUUUGAUGGUGUUCAAGUGCCUUAAGGAUCUCCUGUUCUCUUGUCUCAGCUGCAUCACAUCUGUUUCUUUCAUGGGUCUCCCCUCACAAGAGUCUGCUCUUCUUCAAACUCAGCGUGUUUCAUUCCAUAGUAGGAUUUCCACCGAUUAUAUGUUAAGUAAAAGAAAUGAUGCCACAUCUUGUACAGCGAUUGAAAGCAUUAGAUAUUAGUCUUUUUUAGUACACUCAACUGAACACCUCUCCAGACUGGAUCUUUUACAUUUUUUUUAUUAGAUGAUGCUUUUUUUUUGGUUUUCCAAAAAGAACACAAAGCCUUUUUGGGACAGAACUCAUCAUGUAGUAACGGACAAGGCUUUAAAUGAAAUCUUUGUUUCUAAUGUCUGUAUGUGCUCUUAUGUGUAGUCUUGGACAUUUACUGAACAUAUUGUUCACAUUAAGUUGUCUUUUGGUUACGGGGGGGGGGUUGAAUAGUGUUGUAUAUUAUGUAAUUCAGUGUGGGAAUGACAUUUAUGUCCGCUCUUUAAUUUUGUGUCUUGACAAAGCAUUUGAGAUACACGUCAAAGUACUUCCUCGUCAACUUGGCUUAAAGGUGGAAUGCCUUUGUUGUUGUUUUUCUCCCCUUAGACAGCAGUAAAUUGCUUAAAUUCAACAAGACACUGCAGACCUAGAAGGUUUUACUUGUCACCUUGAUUUCAGGCCAAAAGGUUGAGUGUGAGCAAUACACCCAAACAGAAAUAUAACUAAAAGCACUCAAUGUUACAAUGCACAAGCUGUCAGCAGGUUUGUAGCUGUGACGCUUUUCUGUGCAUUGAUGUGACAUUUAAACCACUUGAGAAAGGUCGAAAUCCACUAGUUUGCCAAUGGAAUAGUAAUUGGCCUUUCCUGUCUUGGGACUGGAUGUUUCUGCAGAUGGUCACCUCAGAAAUCUUCCAAUCACAGACGGGAUAAAGAAAAGAGAGGUUUGAAACGUCAGCGCACUUAAAUAAAGCUAAAUUAACUUAAAGUAAAGCUACUGACAAAAUGAUAAAGUACUUAUUCACUGUCGCAUUCGGUUUUAGUGGGAAGGGAAAAAAAGGAACGUACUUUGUGCAGCAAACUGAGCACUUCAGCCAAAAGGUCAUAUUUCACAACAUGAUGCCGCAACACAGUGACAUUCAUGUCAAAAUAUUUAUGGUUUUCCAAGAAUCUGAACAGGAUUUGAGGCGCAUAAAAAAAAAAUGAUGGAGAACCUUUCUUUCCCAAUCAGAAGUUUGUAAAAAUGUGACUGUGCUACAGUCUGCUUGUCUGCUCGACUGUAACUCAUGUUAAUUAUUGCAAGACAAGCGCACAUGCCCCUUGGUCUGUGAUGUUCAGAGCCACCCAUGCGUAGCGAGAGGGAGAAGGAAAAAAGCAAAGAUGUGAGAACGAUGGGAAAUUAAUGUGCGUUGAAAUCAAACAGACUAAUGAAAUCUGACAGUUAAAAUCUAACAAGGCCAUAUUUGUUUGGAUAGCCUGGUGAAUUAUGCAAACUCCCAUUUUCUGUCCCGUCCUCUAGUCAGUCGGAAAAAUCCACGCUAUGUCUUCCGAGCGGUGGAAAGGAUCUUUUCGUUGAUGUGAAUGUCCCGUAGCGCUCGAUGACGUGAAAACACCAGAGGCCCUGUGGGAAAUAAUCCAGAGGGUCCAAAACAUUGUUUUCAUGCAAUUGUAAAUAGCAAAAUAGUGAAAUGUUUAAUUUAUACAGUAAAUUAUUGUUAUUUUGUAUGUGAAUGGGAUAUAAUCUAUCUUUUGUAUAAGUGAAGUAUCUUUGUAGUUUAUUUAAUGUGUCCUGGUUGCAAAAUAAACACUGUAUGCAUGUUUCUUAAGCUUGUGUUGUGCUUGUUUUGUGCCACCCUCUUUUUAUUUCAUAAUCGCACACAAUCAAUAUUACCAACCCGAGUGGCUAAGAAGCAUAUGUGCCACAAAGACCGGAUCAAGCUAAUACCAUUCACUUUCCCAUUUGGAACCAUUCCAUUUGAAAGGCUGCAUCGUUUGCAUGGUGGGACAUCUGCACCCCUUUUUCCUUUCUUUUCUUUUUUUUUCUAUGGAGCUAAAUACUUACCAGAUAAGGGAAAUGACUCCCAGACUGUUUGGAGAUGCACACACACGGAGAGAGGAUUUGGUGUGCCAUGUGUAACCCAUUGGUUCCCCUCCGGGAUGAGGUCAAGCAUGCAACCUGCACAUUUUAGGGGGAAACAGCAGGAGUUCGGUUUUACAACUGAAACACCGUGAAAAAAAACAACAAACAUGGAGUGACGUGUGAUA